UAAUUCUUUAAUUUUCAGUUGAAUCUUUUUGUUAUUCAGAUUCUGUCUACAAAUUCUACAAUCAUGAAUAAUUUUCCUUAAUUAUCUGAAAUACAUGGUUUGAGCGAGUCUCCAUGCUGGUGAUCUUGCUGAACUGCGUCACGUUGGGAAUGUAUCAGCCAUGCGUUGAUGACGCCUGCGUUACGAAUCGUUGUAAAAUAUUGCAGAUAUUCGACGACAUCAUAUUUGCGUUCUUCUCGCUCGAAAUGACAAUCAAAAUCGUGGCGAUGGGCGCCUGGGGCAAGGGAACCUAUCUUGCGGAUUCGUGGAACCGGCUCGAUUUCUUCAUCGUGCUGGCCGGAGCUUUGGAGUACUGCCUUCAGGUGGAAAACCUUAACCUUACCGCAAUCAGAACCAUUCGUGUGCUUAGACCACUGAGGGCAAUCAACCGGAUACCGAGUAUGCGGAUCCUUGUCAUGCUUUUGCUAGACACCCUGCCCAUGCUCGGUAAUGUACUGCUGUUGUGCUUUUUCGUGUUCUUCAUCUUCGGAAUUGUGGGCGUUCAGCUCUGGGAGGGCAUCCUGCGCCAGCGCUGCGUGAUAAAGCUUCCGGACAACGUGUCGGCUCCAGACACAUUUACACAGCGUAACCUUUACUAUAGAAUUGUGACCCAAAAGCAAAGGAAAUCUGACAUAUCAUUUUACUACGAGUUCUCGAAAGAACAAGACUACAUCUGCUCGAAGCCGGACGACUCGGGAAUGCAUCUGUGUAACAAUCUUCCUCCCUACCGGAUAGGGCCACUGGUUUGCAAUGCCUCUGCCAUACCCUUUUCCAACAAUUAUCCCACAUCUCGCUCUUGCGUUAACUGGAAUCAGUACUACACGAACUGUACACAGCUAGGGAAUAAUCCUUUUCAAGGAACAAUAUCCUUCGACAACAUCGGAUUGGCCUGGGUUGCUAUAUUUUUGGUCAUAUCACUCGAGGGUUGGACUGACAUAAUGUACUACGUCCAAGAUGCACACAGCUUUUGGGAUUGGAUCUAUUUUGUACUACUAAUUGUGAUUGGAUCAUUCUUCAUGAUCAACCUUUGCCUAGUCGUUAUUGCUACGCAAUUUUCCGAAACCAAAAAACGAGAGAUGGAGCGUAUGCGCCAGGAGCGGGCCAGAUUUACAUCAACCUCCACGCUGGCAUCCAGCACAAACAACUCCGAGCCGACGACUUGCUACGCCGAAAUUGUCAAAUACAUUGCCCAUCUCUACCGGAGGCUCAAGCGCCGCAUCAUUAAGAAGUUACGACAGUAUAAAUACCAAUACCAGAACCGUAAAGAGGGUUUGCUACCGCACACCCCCGAAACUCUAACACUGUCACCAAACAAGAUCAAAGUGCAUCAUCCAAAAUGUCCGAAAAUGAACGCUCUGGCAGUCAGCGGAGUGCAGCACCGUAAUAAUCAGGGCUCAAACACACCUUGCGCCAUCAUCCCACGAUUACCAAGGAACGCACCCAGCACCGUGGGAACGGAGAAGCAAAUGUCCUCACCGGACGUUUCCGAAAUGGUUUCCGUGGAGAACAUCAAAAACAACGCACUCAACAAUUGCACCAACUAUUCCAACCUGGACGACAAACAGAAAAUUGUUUUGCUCAAGAUUCCCAAUAGUGAGAAUAAUCAAUCAUCUUCGAACUCUCUCAGCCCAACGUCCUCAGGUAGAAGAAGAUCAUCUGUUAUGUUUAAUGAAUAUGUUAUACAUCAUACGCCUCCAACCAUUCCAGCACCCACGACAGAUAAAAAUGUGUAUUGCUUGGAAAAAAUGACCCAAACCAGCGAUAGUGGAAUUUGGCAGGUCAGCCUACCACAAUCCAUCCAAACCAUGGCAACGGUUUUCAACGACUACUCAGAGCUGUGCAUGACCGACGCCAUGACUUGCCAAGAGCUUCUGGCGUUUUCGGUGGCCUUCUCGGCGGCGCUGCCAACCGGGCACACCACGCUGGAGUCGUUCUACUCGACCCUCACCAGAAAUCGCACCAAUCAAAGCAAUAAUAAAACUUCGUCAAUUACAAAUGUGCAAGGUUACGGCGGUGAGAGCGUCGCGCAGAAAUCGCCGCCGAAUGCGACGAAGAAUUUGUCGCAGAAUGUGGCCAACAUCAACAAUAUCAACAAUGAAGAAUUCGCCUGUUGCUACGAUCUGUACCAGAAUGUAGCAUUGGAGGAGCCUCCGAAGAAACAUUCGAAGCCCUAUCGAUGCGUGGCAGCAACGUAUAGGAUGGUCAAAAGGGUGCUACACUGUAUCAGAGUGUAUAUCAAAAAGCUGGUGGAGCACAAGUAUUUCCAGCAAGGUAUAUUGUUGGCGAUUUUGAUCAACACCCUUUCGAUGGGAAUCGAGUACCACAAUCAGCCGGAGGAAUUGACGGCCAUAGUUGAGACUAGUAACAUCGUUUUCUCGGCCAUAUUCGCGGUCGAAAUGGUUUUGAAGGUGAUUGCGGAGGGACCAUUUGGAUAUGUAGCUAAUGGGUUUAACGUGUUUGAUGGAGUUAUUGUCAUACUUAGUGUUGUCGAGCUUGGACAGGCAUAUCUGGGCGAAGGCCAAGGCAGCUCUGGCCUGAGUGUUCUACGAACGUUUCGGCUUCUACGUAUACUGAAAUUGGUGAGAUUCAUGCCAAACCUUCGGCGCCAACUGUUCGUGAUGUUGAGAACUAUGGACAACGUUGCAAUCUUCUUUUCGCUACUUAUACUAUUCAUUUUCAUAUUCAGCAUACUUGGCAUGUACUUGUUUGGAGGUAAGUUUUGUAAGUUUGUCGAUGAAACUGGACAAGAGAGGGAAUGCACUUGUCCCGAAAUAGUCUCCAAGCAUCCUCUGUGUGAAUGCGAUCGCAAACAUUUCAACAACAUUCUGUGGGCCACGGUGACGGUUUUUCAAAUCCUUACCCAAGAGGACUGGAACGUGGUCCUGUUCAACGGAAUGGAGAAAACCAGCCACUGGGCCGCCCUGUACUUUGUCACACUGAUGACCUUCGGGAAUUAUGUGUUGUUCAAUUUGUUGGUUGCUAUUUUGGUUGAAGGGUUUAGCUCAGAGCGAAACGAGCGAAGAGAGCGGGAGCAACGGGAACUGGUGAAGGCCAAACUGAAUGCCGAGUCCUUGGCCGCACAAGAGCAAGGUAGCGAAAUAUACGAUGAUCCCAAGAGCUUUUCGGAGUCGACCACCAGCGAUAGCUAUAAUGAGUCCAAGGGAAAGUGGUUCAGCGCUGAGGAGCUACGGAAGAUAAGAGACAUCAAAUGCAACAUCCAAAAGCAAAGACUUCUACAACCAGGGUAUGAUGAUAUAAACCUGUCAAUUCCGAAGCUCAACUCAGAGAAAGAUGCAAUCAAUUCCAUAGACAUGUAUUCCAGUCGAAAGCAGAGGAAAUGCGAGCCCUUGAAGCUGUACAACAUCCAAGUUACGGAUCCUCCAAUCAUAACGACUACCGCCGCAACACCCCAAGACUCCCCGAACGCAACGCUGGAAGGUGGCGCCAGUUUCAAGGAUUGGGAAAACCUAGACUUCGAACAGUUGGAGAAAAGCUCCAGUUCGACGCUGCUCCGGCCACCGCCAAUACUUGGAUCACUGAAAGCCUUGGACGAUCGAUCGUACUUCGAGGGGAUGCCAGUGCUGAGUAGUGAGAUGCGAAAGAAAUCCGACAAGGGAUCGGGUCCGCAGGGUGAAGGUAAGCCGCCGGGUGACCGGAUGCAGCAGUCCAGUGAGGGAUCCCGUAAGACGGAAACGUCGCGAAAGCCGAGUCUCAAGUACAGGAAGGAUGCCCCGAGAGAAGGUGAAGUCCUCAACAACGGUAAAUGCGUUUCACGCAGUGGAGGAGUCACACCAUUGGAUGCACGCAAAAUUGAUCCACUGUCUCAGAAGAGCAACAGAAUACAAAACGAUACCCAAAGAGAUAGACGGAACUCGUCUAGGCGAAGUUCCGUGCGGCGAUCGUCGUCCAUCAAGAUCGACAGCGGCCCAGGAAGCAUUGCCAGCAACAUUAGUGCGCCGUCGUACAAGUACAUCUACAACGACAAGAACAAAUACUACAUCGAUAGGAAGAGUUCACUCCGGUUGAGCGACAUCAAAUCUCCGAACAACGUUCGGCGGAUGUCGUCCAUAGAGCAUCCCUACCACAAACAUUCCAGGAUGAGCGUACACAACUUGGAAUUGCGAAAGAUUCAGGAAGAGCUUACGAAGAACAAGCUGAACAACGCUUCGGUGACGUCCGUACUUGAUGCAGACGUUCUGCCGGAUGCACUGAACGCGCGCAUGAAGAAGAAAUCCAAAGGCCGCCUGAAGCAGUUCUUCCGCUAUGUGACUCCCAAGAACUUUGUCGAGGAACGUGAUAUGUACACGUUGUAUGUGUUUCCGGAGGAUAACAGAUUCCGUCACGUUUGCAGUUGGUUCGUCAAUCAGAAAUGGUUCGACAAUGUGAUAUUGCUGUUUAUAGCGCUAAAUUGUAUAACACUGGCCAUGGAGAGACCCAAUAUCCCGCCCACGUGCACCGAAAGGUACUUCCUGGCGACAGCAAACUAUGUUUUCACAGUGGUGUUUGCGGUUGAAAUGUUUAUCAAGGUUGUCGCAACCGGGAUGUUCUACGGUCGAGAUGCUUAUUUCACUUCCGGGUGGAACAUUAUGGACGGCUCGUUGGUAAUCAUAUCUAUCAUCGACCUGCUGAUGUCCUUGAUCAGUGAGUCGAGUCCGCGGAUUUUCGGAAUAUUGAGGGUAUUUCGGCUGUUACGAUCGCUAAGACCUUUGAGGGUCAUCAACAGAGCACCAGGACUUAAAUUGGUCGUUCAAACGCUGCUGUCGUCCUUGAGACCAAUCGGAAACAUUGUUCUCAUUUGCUGCACAUUCUUCAUCAUCUUUGGAAUCUUAGGAGUUCAGCUAUUUAAGGGAACGUUCUACUACUGCGAAGGCGAGAACAUCAAGGGCGUCAAGAACAAAACCGAAUGUCUGUCAAUCGAGGGUAACGUUUGGGUCAACCGCAAGUACAACUUUGACGACCUGGGCAAAGCGUUGAUGUCGCUGUUUGUGCUAUCCUCGAGGGAUGGGUGGGUGAACAUCAUGUACACCGGACUGGAUGCCGUCGGUGUUGAUCAACAGCCGGUUGUAAACUACAACGAGUGGCGCUUGCUGUACUUCAUAGCAUUUAUCCUUCUGGUGGGAUUCUUUGUGCUAAACAUGUUCGUGGGAGUUGUGGUCGAAAAUUUCCAUCGCUGCCGCGAAGAACAAGAGAAGGAGGAGAAAAUUCGGCGUGCUGCUAAGCGGGCGUUGCAAAUGGAGAAGAAACGGCGACGAAUGCACGAACCACCGUACUACACCAACUAUUCACCGCUGCGGAUGUUCGUCCACAACGUGGUAACAUCCAAGUACUUCGACCUGGCCAUUGCCGCCGUCAUAGGGUUGAACGUUGUGACGAUGGCCAUGGAGUACUACAUGAUGCCACGGGCGUUGGAGUAUGCGCUGAAAAUCUUCAACUACUUCUUCACGGCUGUGUUCAUCCUGGAGGCCAUCAUGAAGCUGGUUGCGCUGGGCUUGAAAAUCUACAUGAAGGACAAAUGGAACCAGCUGGAUGUGGCCAUUGUGAUUCUGUCGAUAGUGGGCAUCGUACUGGAGGAGCUCGAGACCAAUAUCAUCCCGAUCAAUCCGACCAUCAUACGGGUCAUGCGGGUGCUCCGGAUAGCCCGUGUUCUGAAACUGCUCAAAAUGGCCAAAGGCAUAAGAGCCCUGCUGGAUACGGUGAUGCAGGCGUUACCACAGGUCGGUAAUCUAGGACUAUUGUUCUUCCUGCUGUUCUUCAUAUUUGCGGCCUUGGGCGUCGAGCUGUUCGGUAGGCUGGAAUGCUCCGAGGAGGUACCAUGCCAGGGAUUGGGCGAGCAUGCCCACUUUGCCAACUUCGGUAUGGCCUUUCUUACGCUGUUCCGAGUGGCAACUGGUGACAACUGGAAUGGCAUCAUGAAGGACACCCUUCGGGACGACUGUGAUGAUGCGGCCGAUUGUGUUAAGAAUUGUUGUGUUAGCACUAUCAUAGCACCGAUAUUUUUCGUUAUAUUUGUACUGAUGGCUCAGUUUGUAUUGGUUAACGUGGUGGUUGCAGUUCUUAUGAAGCAUCUUGAAGAAAGUCACAAACAGAUGGAAGAUGAGUUAGAUAUUGAAACAGAGCUGGAAAGGGAAUUCGAACGUGAACAAGAAUUUGAGGAGGAACAAGCAUUAUGUAUGCAACUUAAUGACGACCAAAAGCAAUUGCAAAAACGGCCUCUCACUAAAGUGUCUUCUUUGCCAUCUAACUUUACUUAUAGCACUCCAGUAGCGGAGAAAAAAUUGAAUAUUCAUCGACGGCAAACCAUUCAGUAUAUUAAUCAAAAUCUCAAUGUACCACAUUCUUAUACAAACAGCAAUUCGUAUGACGAAACUGCUGAAAACGACAUCCCCAAUGAAGAAGACGAGUCUUUCAAUUCGGUUAACGAAAGCUCCAGUACAAAAAAUACCAACAAGAAAAUCCACAUCAACAAAUCCUUCUUCAGUAAAAAUAACGAAGACAAGCGAGCUUCACUGGACGAAUUCAGCAAACCGCACAAAACGGUUGAAGAAUCGGGAAAACCCGAUAAGACCAGUUCAACAAAGUCUGCCAACAAAUGGAAGGACAAUCAAUCCGAACAACCCUCGAAAGAGUCCUGUUCGGCAAACAUUUCGUCCAACAAAUCAUUAGCCAAAAGCAACAAACCUGACUACCGUCAAUUAAGUCUUGAUCAGGACGCCAAGCACGAUAAUGUUACAAUCGCUCCCAACAGCAGUUCUUCUAAUUUCUCCACAGCUCCCUCUAAUGCCCUCAACAACCUAGGUGGGGGCAAAUCUUCCUUCCUGUCCGUGCCGAAACUGCAACCCAAAAGUCGAUCCGGGAGUACGAAGCAACUGUUCAAACAGGUAGCCCUGGACGAAGAUAACGAAACGAACGAGAGCUCGCUACUGCUGCCCUCGGUUUCGAAUGCACCCGGUACGAGUGGAGACCACUCGUACGAUCUGUUGAAGGUGCAAGACGAAGGGUACGAUGCGGUACGGAAGUCCGAAUCCUGUGAGAUUCUGAGGAUUAUUUCCGAGAGACGAAAGUUGUAAUUGGACGGGUUGGAAACGGUCGACCCGAUUGGGAAUGUUGUGAGUUAAGAGCAUUUAGGGUGUUUAGGAUACUAGGUUUAGAGAGGUAGAUAGACACCAUUAAAGCACCACAGAAGUUGUAUUUUGGUGAUAUUACAGUGUAAAGUAUAGCGUAAUUAUAAUGGAAAACGACAUGUGUUCCAUUGGAAAAGGAAACACAGAAGUUUUCCCCCAACAAACUUCUACUGGUUUCGAAAAAUUAGUUCGAGAGAAUAUGGUAACUGUCUUGUUUCAGGAUUGACUGUUUUAAUUCAUAGGGCGAGUCAAUGAAAAACUACAUAUAUGUAUACACAGAAUGGGACAGAGACUACUUUAUUCUAACGUACCGCAUCAAAUUCAUCGUUCUGCACUAUUGGUUUCUAACUUUGUCAGAAAAGUGAAUAGCACUCUAGAUACCCCAUUUGCUGUAACUCCAUUUGCCUACUCUGAUGUUGUGCCUCUUUUCAAAUGGGCGGAGUUAUGCCAAAUGGCGUUAUCCCAAAUAGAGUAGAGUCGUAAAUAUCACUCACGAAGCAUGCUUCGAUCUUGAAUCAUUUCAACAUUUUAACAGGCUUUUGCUUACUUCAAAGUUGCAGAAUCGUUCAAGUUUCUCGUGUUCGCGGUAGUACUGCUUCCACCAUUCAAUCAGCUCAAGUCCAUCCGACAUGAUACACCAAUUGUUAUCUCUGCAUGUUUGGGUACACCGAACGCAUUGUACUUGUUGCUGGCCCAUAGUAAUGCCCGCUUGUUUUAGAUCUCCUGAGUUCUUGUCAUAGAUAACUGUUUCUUUUUUUAGCCAUAUUGUAACUGUCUGCAUGCUCGUAUUCGCUUCUCUUUUUUUCUCCUAGUUGAUAACCAUUUGAUCACUUGCGGCGCUCGUAUCGUUUUUUUUUUUUCUUGUUUUGUUUACUCACGUCUUCAAUCUAGUGCACGUUUGGCCCUUAACCAGCAUUAUUAGCACUGGGCAGUUAUGCUUGAUAUUUUCAUUAUUAUUUCUUCAUUAUGGAUGUUUUCAGUCGAACACAGUAAUCAUAAGUAAUUUGAUUGCCUGUGUUUUUCUGCAGUGUACUUCUUUUUCUUCUUCUUAGCGUAACGUUUCACAGAUCCUGCUUCUCAGUUAAGUGUUCUAUUUAUGAGCAUUUUCACAGUUAUUAGCUACGAGCUUGCAUUACCAAUUACAUUUUUCGUCUUAGUAUAUCAUGUGCUAUCAGGUACGAAGAUACUCUAAAUCCAAGGAAGUCAAGGAGAUUGAAAAGUACGAAACGUUGUGUAUUCAUUUGGUAAAGUUAUCUACAAAUAAGUACAGGUGUACCUCGAUUUAGUGGACCCUCGAUUUUAUGUACCUACAUUUUUAAUGGUCAAAUUUUCAAUACCAAAUCAGUUUAAAAUUUGCAGUUUGUGUUAUAAUGACUUAUAAUACAGGGGUUUUCAGCCCUUUGACACGCGGAGCACUUCAUAGCAAUAAAUUGUUUUGUGGUUCACUCAUGACAUUCUUAGUUUUAUAUAUCUAGUUUAAGCUCAUACUUCUCUUUAUGACUUCGUUUGUUUUUUUAUAAAAAUCUCUCGCUUUGUCCAUGAUCACGAUGAGCGAAGUACAUGGGAAUGGGGUGAUUCUCUUGCGAUAUUUUUACAGCCUUAGCAGUUAUAACAUUUUGGCGGAUGCAAGCAAACUGCCCAUUCGCCAGACUUUUCCUCAAAGCGUUCAACAAACUUCCUCACCAAGAACUGUAAUAUAUUCUAGAUAUUUUUGGUAGAUGGUAUACUACCUUGGCGUGCACUUAGCUGGUUGAAUCCCAAAAUUUGUAGCAAAUUCUAUAAAAAGGUCAUUGUAAUGCUUCGGAAGGUUACUGAGAAGAUUAUUUCCAGUGCUGUCAUGGUAAAAUCAGAGCUAAUUAGUCAAAGUACCCCCAAUGGCAGCGCCCCUUCACUGGUACAUCCCCAUGGAUGAAUUCCUGGAGGAAUCUCUGAAGAGCCGCUUGAGCAAUUCCUGAAGAAACUGCUGGAACAACUUCUGCGGUAUUUCAUGGAACAACGUUUGAAUCCCUGCUGAAAUUUCUGAAGUAAUUCUAGGCAUAUUGAAGAAGUGUCUAAAGAUGAUCCUAAAAGUAACGCUGAAAAAAUUUCAGCUGAAGGAAUUGAAAAAAAAUCUAAAGAUAAUUCUAAAUAAAUUCCUGCUUGAAUUUCUGAAAAAAACAGGAAGAUUUUAAGAAUCCACAGAUGGAUAUUCUGAAGAAACUCCAGGAGAAAUACCUGAAGAAACACCUGGAAACCCCCGGUGAACAAAACCACUUGAGAUAUUUUUGGAAAAAUAUCCUGUAGAAAUCCCAUAAUAGAAAUCCUAAACAUUUUUUAAUGAAUUCCUGGAGGAAACCAUAGAGAAAUUUUAAGAGGUACGCUUAAAGGAAUUUCUAAGAAAAUACAUUCUGAUGAAAUCUAUGUGUGAAUUUCUGCAAGAAUGUCUUCCAGCCUUUCCGUAAGAAUCCUUACAAGAAUCUCUGAAAGAAUUUGUAGGAAAUUUCUGAAGGAAUGCUUGAAGGAUUUUCUAAGACUUUUGGAGCAAUUUCUGGAAGAGAAGUUGCUUGUAUAGCAGGGGUUUUCAAAUCGUGCACCGCGGUACACUUGGUACACCGAGAAGUUCUAACAAGUGCACCGCGACAGUUUAAAAGUUCUACCUUCACAUCACUUGCGAUAGAUAACUUCACAAAAAAAAAGGACUUAAGAAGGAAUCCGGCAAGAUUCCUAUCAGGCAUUCGAAAAUGGCAACAUCAUAAGAUUUUUCUCAAGAAUUUUAUAUGGAUGUCCAUAGAACGAAACAUUCUACAAGGAAUGUACUUUCAAACAUUUUGCUUAAAUGUCGAAAGAAAUCCAACUUGUGGUUUUGCAGAGUCUACGCAUCAGGGAUCAAUCAAUGAUUUCGUGAAUAUUUUUUCAGAAAUAUUAAAAAAUUGUUAAUGAUUUCAAUGAAAUCUUCUUCCUAUCUCAUGAGUUGGCCAGAAAACCUGGAUUAAAAUAUAUUAAAUUUUGCAUCGAUUUCUUCAGAAAUCCAGAAAUAGUAUUAGUAGAACGUGUUUCAAAUAUAACAAAAGUAAACAUACACAAAUUGAUGCAAGAGUUUGUCCAGGUUCUCGUUAGAAAUCCUCUUAAAAUAUAUCAGAAAUGCUGCAAGAAAUUCACUAUGGGUGUGCACAAGAUCAUACUCGAAAAUUUCCAGAAAUAUCCCCAGCAAGAAUACAUUUUACGAGCGAAGCUCCGAAAACUAAUUAAAACAAAAUGCAAGUCAGUGCUAUGAAGCUUUAUGUUACACUUAUGUUAUGAUUAUGAUCACAUCUGUGUGGGAAAGAAUAUUUUAAGGACAGCUUGUUUAACAAAUUUAAAAUUGUAUUCUUUGACCUUAAUGACCAGGUGCACCGCCGUAGAGAAAAAUUUCAAAAAAGUGAACCACGAGCCAAAAGGUCUGAAAACCCCUGUUCUAAAGUAUUUUUGGAGAAAACUCUUUAAAAAAUAUUCUGAGGAAAAUUUGAAGGGCUUCUGCAUUUCUGGUUCGCAAUGUAUCCGUGAAUCAUUAUCUAAAAAUAAUCCAUGAAGUAUGUUUGAGAAAGUUCAUGGAAGGGUUUCUACAUAAAUGCUUUGAAAAAAUUAUGGAGAAAUCUCUAUGAAAAAAAGUCGUAGAUGAAUUUCUGAAACAAUUUAUGCAAGAUUUCUUGGAUGGAAUUCUUAAAUUGUUUUUUUUUU